AUGAACUUUAGGGGAACAUUCAGAUUGCUGUUCCUGUCAACUUUGUCCUGGCUGUCUGUACUCGAGUUGAUGAUAUUUCUCAACAGCACGUUCUUUGAAGAUCUGAAGGAGCUAAUUUGUAAGCCAUAUAAGGAGAAGAUAGGUGACUACGAUGUUGGUCUAAGAAGUCAGCAUUGGAACGAUGAUCGGAUAGCCAAACUUCUGCGGGAGCAGGUGCGCGUGCAUUGCCUGGUUUAUCUGGACCAAUCGGACUACAAGUUCGGUCUUUUGAAGGCGGGGCAUGCUAAGAGGAGUUGGGGUCGUCGCUGCAAUCGCUUGACCAUUGUCGACCAAAGGAAGAUCACUCUGUUGGAGGCAUACCGCCGUACUUACAUGGAGUUCCACAAUGAGCUCGACUGGCUGCUGGUCGUGUACCUGGACUCGUAUGUCAUUAUGGAGAAUCUGCGCCACAUGCUGGCGCACUAUCAGCCCACCGAGGAGUUAUAUUUUAGUGCCCAUCAUGCCUUCUAUAUCUAUGCCCAUGUGGGCAUGGUCCCCACCACCGAUUUCAUCUUCAGUAGGGAGGCUUUGGAGCAGCUGGUCACGAGGAACUGCCUCCAAAAUGAAGUCUUUUUCAGGGAGUGCUUGAAACGAAUGAGACGGGGUCCCAGCGAGGACCUCCUGCCAUUUAACGUCCCGGAUGAGGUGAUCCCGUUCAGUUUGCGUCAGGAGUUCUGGCUUUGGCCCUGCGCCUUUCGAGCAGUCUACGAUAAUCAGAGCUGGGAGAGUUGCUUUGGGAAAGCCAUUAUUUUCCCAUAUUGCCGUGCCAUGUCCAUGUAUACCCUGGAGUUUGUGCUCUACCACCUGCGACCCUAUGGCCACGUAAAUCCCCUGCCGGAACUGAGGUCUUCCAGUCUUCCCACCGCAGUAGCCUCUAGACCGUCGAACGAUCGGGUGGCCAGGUACAUGUAUCGGUCGGUCAGGAUAAUCUGCCUGGUAUUGACCUGGCAAAGGAAUUACAUGGGAGCCGUGAGAGCAGUUAGCGAGACUUGGGGUCGCCACUGCAACCGAGUGGUAUACUAUGGCAGUUCUUCGGUAACCAUCUUGCCGGGACUCGAGAUCGUGGGCCUAAACAUCAGCGAUAGUCGCAGCAAUCUGUGGGGCAAGACAAAGGCCGCUUUCCGACAUGCCUACAUGCAUUAUGGCCAUGAGGCGGAUUGGUUCUACAAGGCCGAUGACGAUACCUAUGCGGUAAUGGAGAACAUGCGCCACAUGCUCCAGCCGCACUCACCCAAGACCCCGGUUUACUUCGGCUCCACAUUCCAGUUGAACAACCACGUCUACAUGUCCGGCGGAGCUGGCUAUGUGCUCAGCAAAAGGGCUGUGGAGAAACUGGUUGAUGGGAUAGUGAGACACUGCCUGCCAGGAGAUAAAGGCACUGAGGACUAUCAGAUGGGCGAAUGCCUUCGGGAAUUGCAUGUGAAGGCCUACGAUUCCAGGGACAUUUACGGACGACAUCGGUUCUUUUCACUAACCCUGGAACACUUUCUCAUACCUGAUCAUGAUGAAGAUGACUUUUGGCUAAAGAGAUAUCUUCUGCACUCAUCUGGAACGGGAAUGCAAUGUUGUUCAACCUAUUCAAUUUCCAUCCACUACGUGUCACCCUACGAAAUGCACUUUUUGGAAACGAUUUUGUAUAAAUCCCGACCAUAUGGCCUAAUUGCUGGGCAUCCUCCGCUAAAAACCUCAAGAAAAAGAGGAUUAGGAACUCAACAGUUUAGGUUAUGA